AUGAGGGUAGCUGCGGCGACUGCGGCGGCGGGAGCGGGGCCGGCCAUGGCGGUGUGGACGCGGGCCACUAAAGCGGGGCUGGUGGAGCUGCUCCUGAGGGAGCGCUGGGUCCGUGUGGUGGCCGAGCUCAGCGGGGAGAGCCUAAGCCUCACGGGCGACGCUGCGGCGGCUGAGCCCGAGCCGGCUCUGGGGCCGGCAGCGGCUGCCUUCAACGGCCUCCCGAACGGCGGCGGCGCCGGCGACUCGCUACCGGGGAGCCCCAGCCGCGGCCUGGGUCCCCCGAGCCCGCCCGCGCCGCCGCGGGGCCCGGCGGGCGAGGCGGGCGCGUCGCCGCCCGUGCGCCGGGUGCGGGUAGUGAAGCAGGAGGCGGGCGGCCUGGGCAUCAGCAUCAAGGGCGGCCGCGAGAACCGGAUGCCGAUCCUCAUCUCCAAGAUCUUCCCGGGGCUGGCGGCCGACCAGAGCCGGGCGUUGCGGCUGGGCGACGCCAUCCUGUCGGUGAACGGCACCGACCUGCGCCAGGCCACCCACGACCAGGCCGUGCAGGCGCUGAAGCGCGCGGGCAAGGAGGUGCUGCUGGAGGUCAAGUUCAUCCGAGAAGUAACACCAUAUAUCAAGAAGCCAUCAUUAGUAUCAGAUCUACCAUGGGAAGGUGCAUCUCCUCAGUCACCAAGCUUUAGUGGCAGUGAGGACUCUGGUUCUCCAAAACACCAGAACAGCACCAAGGACAGGAAGGUCAUCCCUCUCAAAAUGUGCUUUGCUGCUAGAAACCUAAGCAUGCCGGAUCUGGAAAACAGAUUGAUAGAACUCCAUUCUCCUGAUAGCAGGAACACGCUGAUCCUACGCUGCAAGGAUACAGCCACAGCACACUCCUGGUUCGUAGCUCUCCACACCAACAUAAUGGCUCUCCUCCCACAGGUACUGGCUGAACUCAAUGCCAUGCUUGGUGCAACCAGGACGGCAGGAGGCAGCAAGGAGGUCAAGCACAUUGCCUGGCUGGCAGAACAGGCAAAACUAGAUGGUGGAAGACAACAAUGGAGACCUGUCCUCAUGGCUGUGACUGAGAAGGAUUUACUGCUUUAUGACUGUAUGCCAUGGACAAGGGAUGCCUGGGCAUCACCGUGUCAUAGCUACCCUCUUGUUGCCACAAGGUUGGUUCAUUCUGGCUCCGGAUGUCGAUCACCCUCACUUGGAUCUGACCUUACCUUUGCUACCAGAACAGGCUCUCGGCAGGGCAUUGAGAUGCAUCUCUUCAGGGUGGAGACACAUCGGGAUCUGUCAACCUGGACCAGGAUACUUGUUCAGGGUUGCCAUGCUGCUGCUGAGCUAAUUAAGGAAGUCUCUCUAGGCUGCACGCUAAAUGGCCAAGAGGUAAGAUUCACUGUCCACUAUGAAAAUGGGUUCACUAUCUCCAAGGAAAAUGGAGGUUCCAGCAGCAUAUUGUAUCGCUACCCCUUUGAAAGGCUGAAAAUGUCUGCUGAUGAUGGCAUCAGAAAUCUGUAUCUGGAUUUUGGUGGUCCUGAGGGAGAACUGACCAUGGACCUUCACUCUUGUCCGAAGCCGAUCGUUUUUGUAUUGCACACGUUCUUAUCAGCCAAAGUCACUCGCAUGGGACUGCUCGUAUGAGCAGCACAAAAUCAGAAAAGAGUCAUGAAUGUCACAAGAAGUAUUUCCACCUCAAAAAAAAAAAAAAA